ACCAAUCGAUAGAAGAAGCAGCAGUCCGUCGUUUUACAAACCCUAAUUUUGGAAAUCGUCAAUCGACUCAAGAUCAUGGCACAAAACGAUCUGAAACCUAAUCAUUCAUCAUCUUCAGAGGAAGAAGAAAUCUCCGGUUCAGAAGACGAACAAGCAUCCGGUUCAGAUUCUGAAGAUUCCGGUUCCGAUACAGAUUCCGGCAAGAAAGUAAAACCAACACAACCGGAGCCUAAAAAAGCCCUAACCACAACUCCUCAAUCCGUCACCAAACCUCAACCAGAUCUAUCUUCAUCAGAAUCAGAAGAAUCCGGUUCCGAUUCCGACACUGAUUCCGAUUUACCGCCAAAAAAGUCAAUCGCUGGUGAUUCUGCCGUCAAACGGACCGGUACUGUACCAAUGGAACGGGACGAAUCAAAAACAGUCAAAAAAACUGGAUCUAAAACGGUUGUAACGCCGCCUCCGGCAAAGAGUAAGCGGCCACUGCCGUCUCCGGCGGCGAUUGAAAAAGAUGCGAAGAAGUUGAAGCAGAUUCCGGCGAAUGGAGAGAUGAAGAUGAAGAUGCAGGUUAACAAAUCGAAAGCUCCAGAUCUAGAUAGAUCCGAAUCGGAAGAGUCCGGAUCUGAAUCCGGCUCCGAAACCGAUACCGAUUCCGAUUCACCGCCUAAAAAGUCCGUUGUUUCAGAUCCGAAUGUCAAACCGAUCUCUUCGAAACCCAUGGAUUCAAAAUCAGUCAAAAAAACCGGAUCUAAAACGGUCCGCAGGCCGGCAGGGUCCGGAUCUGGAUCCGAUUCGGAUUCCGAUUCCGAUUUACCGCCUAAAAAGUCCGUUGUUGCAGAACCGAACGUCAAACCGGUCUCUUCAAAGCCAAUAGAUUCAAAACUAGUAAAAAAAUCCGGAUCUAAACCGGUUUCUACCCCGGCAGAGUCCGGAUCCGAAAGCGAUACGGAUUCCGAUUUACCGCCUAAAAUGUCCAUUGUUGCUAAUCCGAACGUCAAGCCGGUCCCUUUAAAGCCAAUAGAAUCAAAAUCAGUUAAAAAAGCGGGAUCUAAAACGGUUACUACGCCGUCUCCAGCAAAAAGUAAGUCUGCGGUGGCUCCGCUGAAGAAUGAGAAGUUGUUUCAGAGGCUGUGGAGUGAGGAUGAUGAGAUUGUGGUAUUGGAAGGUAUGAUAGGUUAUAAGAAGGAGAACGGUGAGGAUCCGAUAGCGGAUAUGGGCGCGUUUCAUGAGUAUAUUAAGAAGUCGUUACAUGUGGAUGUUAGUAGAUCACAGUUGGUUGAUAAGAUUAGGCGGUUGAAGAAGAAGUAUGUGAAUAAUGUGAGUCGGGUGAAGGAUGGGAAGGAUAGGAGUUUUUCGAAGAGUCAUGAACAGAAAGGUUACGAAUUGUCGAAAAUAAUAUGGGGCGGCGGCAACGGUAAUAGUAAUAAUAACAAUAGUAAUGUUGGAUUAGAGAGUAAGAAGAAGAAGAAUCCAAUUCAAAAGAAUGGUAAGUUAAAGGGCAAUGCUGCUAGUGCUGGUACGAGUGCUAGUUUGUUGGAAUCGAAUGGGGUGGAUGAUAAGGAUAAGGAUAAGGAUAAGGUGAUGAUGGAUGUUGAGAAGAAUGUGGAUGUAUCGCGGUUCGUUUCUUAUGUUGGGAUGAAUGUUUCUCCGGUUGUGUCGGAGGAGAUUGUGAAGGCGGGAUUGGAAUUGGUUGAGGGGUCUAAACGGGCGGAGUUGGAGGCGAAGUGGAUGAAGUUGAAGGAGGAGGAGCUUGAGCUUUAUGUGAAGCGGAUGGAGUUGUUGAAAGAGCAAGCAUUGAUAGUUCUUGAGGCUGUCAGAUCAUCAGGAAAUUGAGGCGUGUUAAGGCCCUAGACGGGGAGGCGUCCUACGCCUCAUGAGUUUGAGGCGGCAUCUAAGUACUUUUGGGUCAAAAUUAGGGUAUGUAGGAGGGCGGAGAUGUAAAGCAACCAAAAGUAUGAAAGUUUACUUGAUAAAAAGGUUGAUAUGUAAAAUAGACGAGAGGGACAAUUUCUGGUCAUAAAUAAAGCUUAUCUGGUUGUACAUUGAGCGGUGUUUGCGUACAUCAUGCUCAGGCUAGAGGGUAUGGUGAUGGUCCUCCAAGGGAGGAUGAUCCGCCACGUAGGCGCCACGUCAUAGUCCUCCCAAGGAUGGUCCAUCCCACAAAACUAGAGGGUAUGGAGGAUGGUCCUAGAUGAUCCUACCCCAUCCCACUAUGUACAAGUAACCAUGCCUUUAGUACAAACACAAACAAAGGGGGCCCACCAUAUUUGGUCCGUCGCAAACGGCGACUUCUCGACGAUGAGGACGGGACGGAUGGGGGGCAGCAUGGAGAGGGGGAUGGCGACGGAUGGAGGACGACGCUGGACGGUCCCCAUACCGUCCAGCCUCAUGCCUCACAUCUAUAUAAGCUUUUGGGAGUGGGGCCGUAAACAUCUUGGUGCCCCGCACUUUUAAAUCGAGGUCUCAUGUCACCUUACUUUCCCCCUCAUGAAGUAUUUUUGUUUGAAUGAAAGACUUGUUUACAAGGAAAUCUGUAUAACCAUAGCUACAAGUAAAAAAGUGUUCUUUUUGUAGUGUGUUGGCAAUGUACUCCUAAACAUAAGAUCAAUGAUUUAUACGAUUUGCUCGUUAAAUUUUCUUUCUAGCAA